AUGGCUGCAGAAGGUGAAGACCUUGCGAAGGCUUCCGCUCGUCCUGCCUUAUUAAACGGCGAAAGUUUCGUGGCUCCCUUGAUUUGCCAAAGAGUGGAAGCAACAGGUGCAAGCAGAGCCGCGGGAGCAGCAGGAACGGCCGCAGAGGAUGCAACGGGAAUGGCGGCGGAAGAAGCAGCAGGAACGGCCGACGCGGAUGGUGCGUCCACCCCGCUGCGUGAGGCUAACCCGGCCAGUCCGUCGCAUGCGCUCCGCGCGAGCCUCUCCGCGCCCCCGCGCGUGGCGAGCAAGAAGCCGCCCGACAGCAUGCCGCUGCUGCGCCUCCCGCUGGGCCUGUCGCCGUCCGCUUGGCCGCAAGGAGGGAAGCGGCAGCUUGGGCGAGAUGACACGGGAGAUGACACGCGGCGAGAUGACAAGCGGCUGGAUUUGAGUAUGCAGGGACUAAGUUCUCAACAGGGAGGGGGACCGGACGGCUCAGAUGGUCCUUGCUGGAAGAAGCGCGCCGUUGGGGGUGAUUCGCCGGGCGUACCCGCUGUUGCGCUGACCGCGGGUAUACCGUCCUCGGGUAUAACGUCCCCGGGUGCACCAUCCUCGGGUGCUCCAUCCUCAGUACUAUCUGUUCCGACUCCAACAGCCGUCGCGUCAACUUAUGCUGCCUCCCCAUCUUCUUCCUCCGCCUCACCGCUCCGCCUUCCCUCGCCGCUCCGCCUCCCCUCCCCCCUCCGCCUUAACUCCCCUCUCCAUUUCUCCUGCAGGUCCUCCUCGGCCCUUGCGCCGGUUUCUGGCGGUCACGCCUUGCCUAUCCCCCCAGGAACCCCGAAUAUCGGCGCUCUACCUUUCCUUUCACGACCUUCAAAUUCCCCUCUUGGAUUGUCGCUUCCCCUCUCCAGCACCGGCCCCAGCCCUCAAGCUGCACGGGCACACGAUUCGCUUCCGCCCCUAUCCCUUCCGCCCCCCGCUGCCCCGUUCCCCUCCCCACAACCUUCCCCAGCGCCGACUCCCGACGGCGGGUGGGGGGGGACUGUUGGCGCAAGUCCGCGGAACCCUUCGCAGCAGGGGGGGAUGAAAGAACCCGCCAAUUCUCCCCAUUACCGCGGGGUGCGGCUGCGCCCAUGGGGAAAAUGGGCGGCGGAGAUUCGUGACACCGCCAACAGCGCGCGCCUGUGGCUGGGCACGUUCCCCACGGCGGAAACGGCGGCGCUGGCAUAUGACGUGGCAGCGAUGGCGAUUCGGGGAAACAAGGCGAAGCUUAAUAUGGAGCAGCACCGGGAGCUGGCGAGCGAAGUUCGCGAUCUGGUGAGAACGCUGAAAGCGGCGGCAAAGGCGGCGCAGGAUGCGGCGGCGGCGCGCGCGUAUGCGGAGGCGAUGGCGGAUGCUGGCGGAGAGGAGGGGAAGCCGCCAGGGAUGAAGAGCGAAACCGCGACAGGGAACGGCGAGGAUCGAGCAGCGAAUGGCGAUACGUUGAGUGAACGGCUGAGAACGGUCAGGGAUGGUGACACUGGUUUAGAGGCAACUCAAAAUGAGGGGGCCGGAAACGAGAAGUACGCAGGUCGGGAAGGCGCGAAAUAUGCGCCGGUGGCGGAAGAUACAGGCGGAGCGCGCAGUGCGCAGGAGAAAGACCGGAUGACGGAGCCGCGAAACGGGCAGGGAAACGGGCAGGCGAACGGGCAUGAGAACGGGGAGGGAAACGGGCAACUCCCAAUGCUGCGACAGGCCCCACCACAGGCGCCGCUUCUCCACGUGGUGAUGGGGAAGGUGGUUACCACCAUCGUGGAUAACCUCACGAGCUAUCCCUCCCACUCGCUAGACAUGCUGCAUGUUGCACCAAUGCUAACUCCCAUGCUACCCCCACCUGCCAUGCAAACGCCCUUGCUGACCUCCCCUGCUGGUGCUGCUUCAGGUGGUUCUUCAGGCGCGGCUUCUGUUGCCCCUUCAGGUGUUGGCACAGGUGUUCCUUCAGGUGGUCCUUCAGGUGGUGCUUCAGGGAGAAUGUCGCCACUACUGGUGGAGGAAGAGGAGGAGAAGGAGGAGGAGGAAGAGAAGGAGGAGGAGGAGGAGGAGAAGGAGGAGGAGGAGGAGAAGGAGGAGGAGGAACGGGGAUAA